CUAUUUUAUGGCUUGGAAGCGAAGCGGUCCUCCGACUCAAAAAGCGCCCUUGCCGAGCUUCCCUUCUCCUUCCCGUGCGAGUUUGUGCACACUUUGGAGUGCAUCCCUGCACUGCGCAUACACACACUGCACACCUACACAGGCAUUAAUGCAGACAGACAUGUGCACACAGACAUGGAUGACAUACUCUCCGCUACAGUGUCCGAUAUGUUGCUCUUGUGCUGCCAAGUAGGCCAAGUGGUGCCUAAGGAGAUGGCGCUGGUUGACCCUGGCAUUAAGGCAAGACUGGGCAUGAAAGAGGAUCUUUGGGGACAGAGAUCUGGCAACCCUGUAGCCUCCGCAGCGGGGUUGGCGGCACUUGUUUACUUUGAGUUCCUGUCCAUGAGCCGGGGCCCCAUGCCAUUAUUGCCAAGGCAUUACUUCCCAGUCCACUUGAUCCAGCCGGCCCCAGCCUCGUCCGUAGCUGUGGGUGGUAGCAACCGAGGCUGGAAGACGCAGCUGAGGGGGACGGUAAAGAGGCACCUGAGACGCCGUGACGUCGUGACUAGAGGGCGCCGUAACUGA